AUGGCAAGUUCAACGCUUAAAAUAACUGAGCAACCACGAGUUGAAUGGUAUUGGAAAUCGAAUCACAAUCCAUGGUUGAGAAGAGAAAAGGAAGAAUGGACAAAAUAUUCUGAUAUCGAAUCAGAAAUAAUUGAAGAAGCAUUUAAUGGAACCACCCAACUGAUUGAAUUGGAUAAUUAUUUGAUCGACUUAAAUGAUCCAGAUAGACCUAUGCAAGUCAGUAAAUUCGAUCAAGAUAAACAAAGACCAAUAAAGCGAGUUUUACUCAAUAGAAAUGAAAAUCACAGUCUAAGACAAGAAAGAUUCUUCCUUGAACCGUCAUUUAGCAAAACAUUCAAUAACGAUCACGGUAGAGACGCUGUCAUAUUUCUAACACAAUGGAAAAACGGUAAAAAACCUUCUCUUCCUGAGAUAGUCGACAAAGCAGCCAAAGGAAUCAUUACUGAAGGAAAUCAUCUGGGCAAACAUAGUGAAUCUAAAUGGAUAGCGCAACGACUGAGAGGAGUGCAAAACAACGACUCUAAAGAAAUCUUCAAGUGCUGCAUUGAGCUAUAUACUAAGGAAUCUUUUCUCUACAAGUUAAUAAAUAAAACAAUGAGGGAAAACGAUACGAGCAAACUCGACACCCUGGGUCCCUUUUGCUAUAUUUUAUUUCUAAGCUGGCGACUCAAUACAAAGCAGCACUGCCAGAAACUGUAUCGUGGAGCGAACUUAGAGCGAAAUACUAUACAAUCCUACGAAAGCGCAAUUUGUCAGAUUAGAACCUGGGAUGCGUUUACAUCUACAACUAAGAAAAAACAAAAAGCUGAAGCAUUUGGGAAUACUUUAUUCGUUAUCGAUGCGACAAAAUUCGGUGGCAUAGACAUAUCAUCUUGGUCACAUUAUCAAAACGAAGACGAAGUUCUACUGCCUCCAUUGACCCAUUUCCUAAUAAUCAGCGUCCACCGUGACCCCAUAACCGCAAAGACAGAAAUUAAACUCAAAAUAAUGAAUCGAAAACGUCCACAUGCCCAACAGCCAACCCACCCAAAUCCGACGACACCUCUCAACGCACCAUCUACAUUCACAAACAAACUACUCAGAAUCAUGUACUGCCCUGCCGCAACCCCCGACAUAUGCAAACAAUCUGAUCCU